UGGUCACUUCUUUUGCUUGCGUACUGGACCUACCUGUCGGGACUGUAGCACUGAUAUGGAGUCAAGGCAACAGGGUUUUCUGGACUCUGAGCCCCUGCAAGAGGUGGAUGAGGAGAUGGUGUCGGAGGUGGACCUUAACAACAGCAUGACUGAAGAGGAGAGGGAGGAGAUGCAGAGUGAGUUGACAAAGCUGGAAGAGGAGAUUAGCACUCUAAAACAGGUCCUGGCCUCCAAAGAGAAACGCCACUCAGAGCUGAAGCAGAAACUGGGAAUCACACCGCUCAGUGAACUCAGGCAGAACUUCAGCAAGAGCUGGUAUGACAUGCAGAGCUCCACAGCGUACAGAAAGACAUCAGAGACGCUGAGUACGGCCGGUCAGAAAACCUCUGCAGCGUUUACUAACCUUGGUUCAGCCAUCAGCCGCAAGUUUGGGGACAUGAGAUCAAACUCAAUUGGCUACUCUGUUCGCCACUCGGUCAGCAUGCCCACAAUGAGGAACUCUCCUAGUUUCAAGUCUUUUGAGGAGAAAGUGGAGAGCACAGUGUCCAACAUUAAGACCAAAGUGGGUGGAACAGGAGGAGGGGGCAGUUUUCAGGAGGUGCUGACCUCAGCAGCUCACGCUAGUGCCCAGGACACUCCAACCAACACCAUUUCAGACAGCAGUGAACGCACCUGCUAGAGACAGCACACUACCACUCUCUGGCCCAGCUCAGGACCGAAAACUCUAUGGCCCAGUCACACGGCACACACACAGGCUGUGGAACAGACCUAUCUGCCCAUCUGUCUCCUGUGCAGAAUCUUUAACAGGUUUCUGAGUUGUUCUGUGCUCAAACACAGAGGACCAAAUCAAAUAGAGAAUACACAUUCUACAACUAAACUCUGGGUUUUCACUCAGUGGGAAUGUUAAUUCACCA